UAAAAAGCGGGAUUAGCUAUAAAUAGAAUACAAAAUUAAAAUCAAAACACGUUGUCGUUGGCAUCCCUAGAUCCUGAUUUCUGCAGCGUCUUGGGCUUGGAGAGGAAAUGUCGUAAACGCCGCAUUUGGUUGUCGUUUCGACAAAGAGAAAGAAAGAGGGUUAUCGAGUCAGAGUCCAAUUUUGGGGAGCGAUUGGAAAUUUGGAAUAAUCAUUCUAUCGAUCGAGAAAUGGGAGAGACGAGCUCCACCGUCGACGACGAUUUUCUUCUCAAAGCUUUCUUCGCCGAAGUCAGCGAGGUUGAGAGAGAUAACGAAGUCCUCAGGAUUUUGUCUUGCUUUAAGCUAAAUCCAUUUGAGUAUCUGAACCUACCAUUUGAUUCAUCGAUUGAUGAUGUGAAAAAGCAAUACCGUAAGUUGUCAUUGAUGGUUCACCCUGACAAGUGUAACCAUCCACAGGCAAAGGAGGCUUUUGGAGCACUAGCCAAAGCUCAGCAAUUAUUACUUGAUCAAAAUGAAAGAGAUUACCUUCUUAGCCAAGUUAAUUCAGCAAAAGAAGAACUUAGAGCCAAGAGGAAGAAGCAGUUGAAGAAAGAUACAGCAUCGAAAAUUAAGUCUUUGGUUGAAGAGGGAAAAUAUGACCAGCAAUAUGAAAAAUCAGAAGAGUUCCAGCAAGAGCUGAAAAUGAAGGUUCGUGAGCUAUUAACAGAACAAGAAUGGAGGAGACGAAAAAUGCAAAUGAGGAUAUCAGAGGAGGAAGGCAGAUUAAAAAAGGAUGAAGAGGAACAAAAAGAGAUGUGGAAAAGAAAGCGUGAACAUGAGGAAGAGUGGGAAGGAACGAGAGAAAAGAGGGUGUCAAGUUGGAGAGAUUUUAUGAAGGGUGGAAAGAAGACUAAGAAAGGAGAAAUUCGCCCCCCAAAGCUCAAGACAGAAGAUCCCAACAAAUCCUAUGUUCAGAGACCGGUUAAGAGAGGUUAGGUCUGCCAUUAUGUUUGGAGGACUCAAUUGGUAAUCAAUCUAAUUACGGAGUCAAGAGGAUUCAUGCAUAUGCUGCCCUCUGCAUGGACUAUCUCUAUCUGUAAGCCUGUAAGAGUGUUCAUUGUUGUGCUCAUUGGAAACAUCUUGAAUUGAGUGUCCAUCCCCUCAAUCCCCUCAGCUGAAUGAAAUCCCAUUCUGGGAUUUGCACCUUCAUGGGAAGGACGUGUAUAGGUAGGUUCUAUUCUAUGCCAUAAUUAAUUAAUUUGGGGGAAGUAAUCAUUCAUAUCGAAACCUGUAAAUGUUAUUUGAAGCCCAAAAUGAAAGGAUAAUUGAACAAAAGAAAAUAUAGGCCAUGUCUUGAUAGUUGUCUUGACUUUCUUGGUACAUUAGUGAAUCAGAUGCAUUGAUUUAUGACUCUACCAAAAAAGUCAAAAUGAUUUAUCAAUAUGGAAUGCAGGUAAAAAUGUUAAGGGAAAGUAUUAGUUUUCUGGUGUAAUCUUGACAGAUGAAACGUUUUAGGUCACAUAAACAUGUAUACUUUGUUUCUGAAUAUAUUUGAUAAUGUUGAUAUUUUAGUCAAAAUGAAAAUCUCACUCAUCCAUUUUAUCUUAGACGAGUGUGUGUGCCAACUAGCUUGGACAUGAAUUCUAGAAUGUUACUUUCAUCCAUACCUCACGGUGGAAGCUUUUUACCUUUUUUUUUUCCCUUGUAGUCUCUACAUAUUUAUUACCUUCUCUUAAUGUUGACCCGGCUAUUAUUUUCAAUUCUCCAAUCACUCAAAUGCUUCUAUUCCACGAGCAUUUAUCUUGGGUAAGAGAACUUUCGCCCAAGGUAAAUAACACGAUAAAAAUAUGGAUUUGGUGGUUAACAAGUCGUACUUGUUAAAAAUGAAAAGUAUUUAUUGAAAGUUUAAAUUUUUUUUAUAUUUUUAGUACACUUCCUAUUUAUUACGCGUUUUUUCUGCUUUUUUUUCCCUCACGCUUCUCUCCUGCGCUUCUACUUCUUCUCAGUUCGUUUACGCACGGAGCGUCUUCUUCUUUUUUGUCUUUUUCUUAGUGUUCUUCCUCCUCAUUCUCCUCCUUUUUUUUUGCGUUUUUUCUACU